AUACUUUGUGCUUUGAACCACAAGCUCUGAACUCUGCAGCAGGAGAGGAAAAACAGCAUCUUAUGAAAACUAUUAAAUAUGUAAUGUUAACAAUCACUAUAUCACUUCAGUACUCACAUGUAUCUGCAACAUCCAGAAACUGGAGUCUUCCCGUCUCUUAAAGGUAGAUAUAUGAAACACUGCUCUUAAAAUGAAGGCUUAAUUUUACUGAAAGCACUCACCUGACAGUGAACACAGCCAGUCUCUGUGUGGGAGCUAUAAAUCUCUUCUCUCUUAAAAUGCUAGCAAGCAGAGCAAUGUCUCCAUCCCCUCAGUGCUUUCUUUUGAAAAAAAAGACAGGAAUAUGAAAGAGGGAGAGAAGACCAGAUGAUCUUGCACAUCCUUCUUCAUAUUUUUCUUUUGUCUUCCUUUGCAUUUCAGUCACUACAAAUUCCUACAACAGCCCAGAAGACCUAUUUUUAUUGUCACAAUUCCUCACCUGGUGUGUCCAAGAUAUAACUGAAAUCCUCAGCCAUGAGCUAUGCCCCAGGCAAGCAGAGCCUCUCAGAGCCUUUGGGUUAAGUGUACUGAGUUUUACAAAUCAAAUUCUAUAAUCACACAUUGGUUCUAGGAAAGAUGACAUUUUCCUGACAGCUGGUCAGAACACUGAUAUACUUUUAUGUCUUCAAGUUUCUGAACUAGGUUAGAGUGCACAUGUUCAAUAUCCUUUGAGAUAUUCCUCUAAUGCAUCUGGACCUUAAAAAUGGAGCCCAAAUAUCUCCAUGGUGGUGGGUUUACAGCUCCACAGGCUCAGCUGAACACUGUUUUUGCUCAACUUUCUGUGUGAUUUGAGUCUAUAAUGUCUUGCUAUAGAUGUUUCUGUCCUCCUCAACUAUUUGAAACACAGGUUGGACUGCAUGUGACCUCAGAUAUUAACUCAGAUAUUAACUCAGAUAUUAACUUUUGUCUUUGUAUCCUUUGGAUCUGAGGAUUUCUCACAACCAAAGAGGUUUCUGGACGGAGUUGAGAGCAACUUCCUGACACAGGUGAUUGAGCAGCCAACAAGGAAAAGUGCUCUGCUGGACCUCCAACUCACAGACAGUGGAGAACUUGUUGAGGAUGGAAAGGUCAGGGCCAGCCUUGGCUGCAGUGACCAUGAGCCACUGGAGCUCAGACUCCUGAGAGAAGACAGCAGAGCAAAAGGCAGGACCUCAACCCUGGACUUCAGGGGAGCAGACUUUAAAGUUCUUCAGAGAUCUGCUUGGAAGAGUCCUUUUGGACACAACCCUGGAGAGAAGAGGUGUCCAAGAGAGCUGGUUGGUAUUCAAGAGUCUCCUCCAAGCUCAAGAAGGGUCCAUCCUGAGAACCAGAAAAUCAAGUAGAGGCAGUAGGACUCCCUCAUGGAUGAGCAAAAAACUACUGACUGAAUUUAGGCAUAAAAAUGAAGUGUGCAAGAGGCAGAAGCAUAGGCUGGUGAUCCAGGGCCUGCUGUUCAACUAUGCAGGGAUUUCAGGAAAGAAAUAGCCCAGCUUGAAUUGAAUUUGGCAAAUGAUGUAAAGGGGAACAAGAAAGGAUUAUACAAAUACAACAGCAGCAAAAGAAGGAUGAGGGAAAGCUGCUAAGCAGGGCAGGGAAACUGGUGAGAAAUGACAUGGGAAAGCCUGGGGUACUCAGUAUUUAGUUUGCCUCAGUAUUCACACUUAAGAAUGGCCUCCAGGAAUCCCAGGCCCCUGAGAUCAGACGUAAAGUCUGGAGCAAGAAAGACAUACCCUUUGGUGGAGGAGGAUGAGGUUACUGAGCACUUAAACUGAAUACACAUAAGUUUUUGGCGCCUGGUGGGAUGCACCCACAAGUGCCGAGCAAGCUGGCCAAUGCCUCUGCAAAGACUCUCACUUGUCUUUGAAAGCUCACAACAACCAAUACAGGUUCUUGAAGACCAGAAGAAAGCAAAUGUCACUCCUAUUUUCAAGAAAGAUAAAAAGGAAGACCUGGGUAACUACAGGCAGGCACUAUCUCAAUCCCUGGGAAGAUGAUGGAACAACUAAUUCUGGAAACCAUUUACAAACAGAGGAAGAUAAAGACAGACAGGAUUAGUAGCAUUGAUCAGGAUUAGUAGCAUUGAUUUACAAAGGAGAAGCUAUUUAGAUAGCUUUAGAUCCUGAAGCACUCUACAAAGGCUUGGAUUUUGGCCAUUUCAUCUCUGACAAGUCUAUUUAGUGAUAAUUUGAACCUGGAAAGUUAUUUUGUAGAACACUGUUCUAGCCACUGCAUGUGUCCUCUUGGCAUAGACACCAUUAUGUUUGGUCUGUAAUUACUCCUACUGGGAGACUUACUGUGUUAGAAAGCUACAGUACAGAACCUAGAUAGUCUGUAAAUUGGGCAUUUAAUCACUGACGCAAUCCCUGCCAUAUUUCUUUACUCUUCAUCUGGGAUCAGGUGCCUGGGAUAAUUCUGCUGUGUGAUCAGAAGAAUAUCAAUGUACUGCUACUGUUUCAUGCAUGGCAGUUUUUUGCAACAUGGGCUUGAUUUCAGGUCCUCAACAUACAAUUGACAGUGCAGUUUUCUCUCUGAUUAACUGCAGUUGCCCACGCAGGAGACUGCUGCUGAGAUGAACGAUCUUUUCCUUGACCCUCCUCCCCACUUCACCUUAAAAUCUGUUUAUCAGUUCUCUCUUCCUUGUCACUGUUGUGUUCUGCCAGUCUUUAAGUAAUUUCUCCUUCUCACCUACCUCAGGGUGGCCAGACACAAAAUUAAACAGGCUUUCCUAUUGGGAAUAAGGGGACCCUUUCCAUUGCCUCCACACAGAGACAGGUGUCUCUCCUAGACUGACUCUUCCUGGAACCCUGCAUUCACAGGCACCUUUCCAAAGCACUUAGCAAUGUGUGCUUACCACCAGCUCACUGCAUGUAGCCAGCUGCCAGCAGAAGGGAGGCUGAACAAAUUCAUUUCCUUCGUGCCUGGCGAGUUGCAGCCCGGGCCCACCAAUCACAGGGGAGUCCCUCACAGCACCAGACCGUCUCAUUAAGAAGUCUCUCUGCCACGGCUGUUGACAGCAGCUUCUCUCUUUUGCUUUCCAGUCUUUUCUCCAGUGAGUGUUUGCAUCUCAGCUGAGCUUAGAAACUGAAAUCCUGCAGCUGUGCAUUUCCUCCCACAACCUAAGCCAAAGUGGAGGCAAGUCCCUGCCAUGCAGCUGCCCUGGUUACUGCAGGCUGAUGGCCUCAGCUGCCUUGGUGGAGGGCACCAGCUGCACAGGGGCACUCCAGGCACUUCUGUACUCUGCAGCUACGUGACUAAGGUGAAGCAGCAAAGGGUGGUUCCUAACAGGAUAGGGGAAUGCCUCCCACCCACUCAGACACUGUGCACCUCUCUGCACCCCUCAGGUGAUGGUACGCACACACUGCCCACCAGAGUCACCUCCAGGCUGAUACCUUCACUCCACAAUACAUAGCUGCUCUCACUUGCAACCUUUUCUCGGUUGCUCUGACUCGAGUUUUAUAGGGCCACCAUCCUUGGAUUUACCAAUGUUUUUCAUAUUUACUUGGAAAGCAGACAGGACUACAGGCUUUUAACCAAUUUUAGCAUGUGGCAGCCUGGAGAAGGUUUUCUGAGAAGGCACCCCAUCCUCUUGCACACAGAAAACCCAUUGCUGAAGAUCGUUAAAAAGAGUCACCUCCUCCUUCCACACAACACAGUCCCUCCCCAGCUGGCAUCCCUUUCACUCUCUUCUGAGUCUCAACAAGAGCAGAGUGCGGCAAGCAAACAUGCUGCUGCUGGCAGUGCUUGUUGCCACAGCCACUUGGUCUUAUGGAUUUGCACAGGAAAUUCCCAUGCAGAGUCCUAUAUCCAUCACCAAGUUCCAAAAAAGUGCACGAAUGACAUGUGAAAUUCAAACAUUAGGGGCAAAUUUUGAUGGUGCCAUCAUACACUGGUAUCUGCAGAAGGAGGGUGAAGCUCCAAAGAGGCUCUUGUUCCUUUCAGGAGGAAAAGCUACCGUUGAAACUGGCUUUCAAGCAAGCAGAUACAUGGUUGAAAGAAUUUCUGGUCAGCGACGGUGUGUUCUUACAAUAAAAGAUGUAAUUCCAACUGAUGCUGCUACUUACUACUGUGCCUACUGGGAUCAUUACAACAAGGUGUUUGGCUCAGGUACAAAACUUGUUGUGUCAGACAAAGGAAGCUCUCCACCAGCAAACUCGGAAAUCCUGCAGAAAAAACAUGAAAAUCAGAUAAUGUAUGUUUGUCUUAUUGAGAAAUUCUACCCAGAAGUUAUUCGAGUGACAUGGACUGAUGAAGAAAAGGAGAUAACAGAAAAUGUAGUAAAAGGUGAUGCUUGGCAACCCACAGAAGAGGAUGAAUACUCAAUUGCCACCUGGUUAACUGUACCAGCAGACAACAAAGACAAGAAAUAUUACUGCAAAUAUGAGCAUGAAAGCCAAAAGAAUUCACUGCCAUCACAAGUAAAUUCUACGAAGAAUGCUCCUCAGGAAGGGGACUGCAGCGCAAUUUUUAAUAGAGAUGUUACGUUUCCAGAUGUUACGCUUCCAGAUCACUUAAUGCACAGGACAGCAUAUUUAGUGUACAUCAUCCUUCUUCUGAAGAGCAACAUAUACUAUCUUAUCAUACUCUUCUUCAUCUACAGAAUGCGAACUCCAACCAAGCACCAAGGAAAGAAGGUGUAAAUGCUUGUUUAAGAAAAGAUUACAAUUGAUCGUGGAUUUACUUUGCUUACCUAUAUAGACUCCCCUGCUCUGUAUUAGAUGUAACAGCAAAAAAAAAAUCCCAAAAUAAUUUUCUGGCAUUACUGCAUAGGGCUCAUUUCACUUUAUUGCUAGUGUUUUUAUAUCAGUCUGGUUUUCCUAAUUUUUUUGAAUAUCAAACAAGGAUAGGCAAUAGCAGUAAUGGAUUUUAAUCCAAAGUCCAUAUUGCAAAAUGAAGAAGGUACUCAGAUUGGAAGUAGUUGUGCAUGCAGAAGAGUAGGGAUGCAAUGGUACUUUUGAUAUAUAAAGCACAGAUGAGUUUUGUCAUUGCACUUAAGGUUUAAUUAGGAGCAUUCCCGUGCAGUAAAUUCACAGAUAUUUUUCAUUUUUAUUUUCAAUGAUUUGUUGCCACUCUUAUUUAUCCAACAAAUAAGGACUUAAUUAUUCUGAAGUGAUGAGUGCUUUAAGAGACAAUUAAACACAAUUUUUAAAAGUGAACAUAGGAGUUUUGAAUGAAGAAGUCAGAUGAGAAUAAAAGCAAUUAUAAGGUGCGUGCAUACAGAAAAUGAAGAAAUCCACCAGCACAGUGAAAAUCUGCACAUUGUGUUUUUAAAGAGAGAAACCAAUCGUAAUUAUCAUAUACAUCACCUUGUUUAAAGACACCUUUUUAAACUGAGCAAAACCUCAAAUCUGAAGCUUUGAUAGAGAAAGUAUUUUCCCAAAGAAGAGAAAUUCUCAGAUGUUGGACUUUGAACUCUUAAUCUCCAAGUUCCACAAAUCAGUUCCUUUCAAGUUUAUGCAGAAAAAUAGGAAUUAGACAUACUGGGAUAAAGCACUUGCUCAGUUUUUGUCAUACGUUUGUUGAUAAGUGCUUGCAGCAUUUACACUCACUGCAUCUUUAAUGAUGAGAGCAAUAAAAGCUUUCCUCCAGCUGCAGUUGUGAGGUCUCUGUUUGUUCUCCAGAAUUUCCACAGCCUGUAUAAAGAUGCCUAGAAAACCUGAUUCAUUUCUCUGUUCAUAUAAAUUUCUCAGGAAAUCAAAGAUCCUUAAAACAUUAGUUUUCUGCUUUUCAGUUAAACAGGAACACUUUUACAGAGAACAAUAAAAGCUAAUCUGUUACAUUUUUUCUGUUGCAAAACAGAAGGCUAGGCUUUGUAAAACGGAGCUAAGCCAAGCCAGGGGGGAAAUGUUACACACAAAAGGACUGCCUGCCUCCUAGGGCUCAUGCCAUCUCCAUCACAAGGG